GUUAAUAUAAAUAUACCAUAAGGGUAACUAUAUUCCAAUUCUGACUAAUCCUUCGUCCUUUCUAAAUUCAAGAUGUUGAAGAUCGUGUUGUUGUUUGCUCUCCUGUAUAUCUAUGUUGACUGUUUUGUCAAGGUUGAAAACUACCAGAAUUCUGUUUAUAUACAGAGAGGUUAUACCAGAGGGUAUAUUUUCGAAAAAGCACCAGAUACAACCGUUUUUGAACCAAGAGGCUAUGAUUUAAUGUCUGAUGAGAGUUUAUCCGAUGUUGGAAGAGUAUUCAAGAAAGGUCAUUUAGUACAAUUCUACAAAUAUAAAGCAGAGUUUCUGUCGCAACAUCCGGUUUUGCGUUUCUAUUUCACAAAUGAUGAGUACUACCAGAAUAUAUCAAAGACAAUAAUUGAAGAGAUGACUGCCAAUCCUGACCUUUGCGUGAAGCAGUAAUUGCUUUAGGUAGUGAUAUUUUAUGUGCACAUCCAAACGCAAACUGUUACAUUUUGUUUAUGAAUUACAAUAA